AUGAAGAGUGAGAAGAUGGAAAAGGGCGAAGAUCUGGAGCAGUACUACUACACUCCUGACCUUGACUACCAUGUGGGAGACGUGAGAGUGCCUGACAUCACGGAGGAGUACGAUCCUGCCAGGGAAUAUCCUUCAGUUGUGGACAGAUUCUACACGAGAUAUUAUCACGUGCGGCCGGAGAAAGUGGGCGAGGAUCACCUGGUUCUGCUGCACUCAAAUCGCAUCUGCCUCAUUGGCUUGGCUCCUGGUCAUGUGGCCUUUGAGAAGGGAAUCGCCUCCAUCACGUACGACAUCGGGAAUUACGACAGGAGCAAGAAUCAGGUGUCCGGGAAGGCGAAGAAGGGCGGAAUGCAGCUUCAACCGGGCACUGCCUUGGGCAUGAUCAAGUGCAAGGACGAAUCGGAGUAUAAGAUCAUCAGCUGCAUCACGGGGCGACUGAUUGAGGUGAAUCCGAGGAUUGUCGAGCGUCCGGAAAUGAUGAAGAGCGAGGGAGAAGGAUAUGUGGCCAUCGUUCUGCCCAGGAUCGACAAAGUGGAAGGCAUAAAGGCGUCUCUUCUCACAGAGGAACAAUAUACAGCAAGGUCAGAAAUCCAAUAUAAAUAGAUAUUUUGAGUAUUCAACAAGAAAA